AAGACAUCAAAACCUUUCAUUAGCAAUUAAAUCAAAGGAGAAAUGAAUCUAAUUAAAUCAUUACAAAUCUAUAAUAAUGUUAUCAAAUCUUAAAAAUAGAUCUAUUAAAUAUAUAGUUCCGUGCCAGAUUUAUUUUAUUUUCGCAUUUUGUCAUCAAUAAAAAUGAAAACACAUCAUGAAUGAUCAUCAUCAUGACCAUGACAGAGUCAACAGAUUAAACCUACGUCUAGUAAGACUCUAGUACUGGGCAGAUUGAAUGCCAAGAGAAAACACAAUUAGUCCAUAUGGCAUCGCUUACAAAAACUCCAGCUUGGAACUGGUCAGAUCUUUGUCAACAUGGAGAAGUUAUGCAUUCAUGGGAAGGAAAAGACUUUGGUCACUGCUUUGAGCAAGUUGCAAUCCUUACUCCAACUCAUGCGAUUCUCGCCAUUGUAAGUGUUUAUCAUUUUGGUAGAAGGCAGACUUCAUGGAAUGGUAUGAAUUUAAAUGUAGCCUGGACUUGGUUUCUUGUCCUUAGACUUUUAUGUACAAUUGUUUUACUGUUGUGCCCAGUAUUUCAAGUUAUAUUUCUAGUAACAAUAGAAAAGCUGCUUCCUAGUGUUGCUGAUGGAGUCACAGCAGGAGUCUCAUUUCUGUCUUGGUUAUUACAUGUCAUUUACAUUUGGAAUGUAAGAUUUCUUCAUGACAACAGUUUAAGAGGUCCACCUAGUGCCAUUGUUGCUUUUACUUUAGUGCUGACUUCUUGUGCUAUUCAUAUGCACACAGUUAUAACAAGACACAUAUCCCAUUCUCCAUAUCGCAUCCUCACAGAAGAGUAUGCAACUUACAUCAAUGCGGCUGCUAGUGUUAUCUAUAUGAUCAGCCUUGUACCUAACAGACCACGGGAAUAUCAGGCACAACUCUCUCGAUUGAUCAAUGAAACUGAGGAGGAACAAAGGCCCUUGACCUGGGAUAGAAUUAGAUCCUACAACUCAACAACACCAUCAGAAGAUAAUACAUUAGUUGCAGAACAGGGCGUGGGCAUAUUAUCAUGGUUAACAUUUCACUGGGUGCAUCCUCUGAUGUACAGAGGAGCCAAGAUUAGGAUAAAAUCUAUCUCAGAUCUCUACCUACUCCCCAAACGCCUAAAUACACAAAGUGUUGAUGACAAAUUCCAAAAAGUUAUGCAAGUCUUACAACUAAAAUAUGAUCAAAACACUUUGACAAAUGUGUCUAGGACAAGUGGCAGCUGUAGGGAGGAUCACCAAACCAGCACAAGUCAGCUUAAUGCGGACCCACUUCUUGAGCCUUAUGCCAGCGUUCUGAGUCCCAAUAACCAUUCCACUUCUGAAGAGUUCCACCAGCAAUAUGAGAGCUAUCAAAACCAGAUAUCUUCUUCUCUACCAUCAGUUGCACAACUUGAUCAAACAGCAGCCCAUUCACAUCAGAACAAUGCUAUAGUAACAAAAGUGACACUUUUUAAAGCUCUGAACAAAGCCUUUGGUGCUGAAUAUUACAGCCUGGGCAUAUUAAAACUUUUGGCUGACAGUUUAGGCUUUGCCGGUCCCGUGCUGCUCAAUUAUCUGGUCAGUUUUGUGGAAAAUAAAGACCAAGAUGUUUAUAAAGGCUACCUGUUUGCGAUGGGUCUGUUCCUUACCACUUUUGUUGGGACUAUUUGCUCAACUCAGUUUGACUACAAUGUGCAAGUACUGGCUUUCAAAAUGCGUUGUGCCCUCAUAACUACAGUUUAUAGAAAGUCUCUUUUGAUCACCGCAGCCGUCCAUUCUAAAUUUACAACAGGGGAGAUAGUCAACUUCAUGAGCACUGACACUGAUAGAAUUUUGAAUUUCUGUCCAAGUUUUCAUGCAUUUUGGAGCUUACCUUUUCAGAUUGCUGUAUCAUUAGUAUUGUUGUACCAGCAAGUCGGGUUAGCAUUCCUGGCAGGUGUUGCCUUUGCUUUAAUAUUGAUUCCAAUCAACAAAUGGAUUGCCAAGAAGAUUGGGCAGCUUAGUACAGAGAUGAUGGCAUAUAAAGAUGAAAGAGUCAAGGUGACUAAUGAACUGUUACAUGGCAUCAAGGUUGUAAAACUCUUCUCAUGGGAGUCUCACUUUACCUCUAGCAUCAAUGAAAUCAGACGCAAGGAACUGAAGUGUCUGAGAGGCAGAAAGUACUUGGAUGCCAUGUGUGUUUUCUUCUGGGCUACAGCUCCUGUCCUAAUGGCUAUUCUCACAUUUACUACUUUUGUCUUGUUGGGCAACAAACUCACGGCAGCUAAGGUCUUCACAAGUCUGUCUUUGUUUCUAAUGCUUAUCAGUCCACUGAACUCUUUUCCCUGGGUUAUCAAUGGCCUGGUUGAAGCAUGGGUAUCACUGAAGCGGGUUCAGAAUUUUGUUUGCCUGGAAGAUAACAAGCUAGAUGAAUUCUACAGCAUUAAACAAGAUGCUGAAGACAGAACCAUAAAGAUAAGAAAUGCAAGUUUUUCAUGGAGGAAUACAACGCCAGAGAACACUUCAAAGAAUGCUGUUGAAAGUUCAGGGAACGAUACAAGUAUAGACGAAGAAGAUGAUCAUGUGACCAAAACUCAAAAUUUGGAAAGAAUCAACUUAAAUGUGUUACAGGGCCAGUUCAUUGGAAUCAUUGGUAAAGUAGGUUCUGGAAAAAGCUCUUUGCUCAAUGCUAUAAUAGGUGAACUUCGUAGAACACAAGGGGAGAUUUAUGUCAAGAAUCUUGAUGAAGGCUUUGCCUACGUGGCUCAGGAAGCUUGGAUCCAGCAUGCGACUGUACGUGAUAAUAUAUUGUUUGGUCGUUGUUAUGACAGCCGUAGAUAUGAGCUGGUCCUGGAGGCUUGCGCUCUUAUUGAAGAUUUAAAGAUACUUCCUGCAGGGGACAUGACUGAGAUAGGAGAAAAUGGUUUGACAUUAAGUGGUGGGCAAAAAGCCAGAGUAGCAUUAGCCAGAGCUGUGUAUCAGGACAAAGCUGUUUAUUUACUAGAUGACCCAUUAUCAGCUGUAGAUGCCCAUGUAGCUAAGCACAUCUACACGCAUUGCAUCAUGGGAUUGCUAAAAGACAAAACAAGGUUGCUAUGCACACACCAUGUGAAGUAUUUGAAAAAGGCGGAUCUAGUUUUACAUAUGGAAAAUGGAGUCAUCUUUAAAUCAGGUUCACCUAGUCAGGUUUUGUUAGACAUCAAUUUUAAUGAAGAGCAAAGAGCCAGUGACAGUGAUCAAGAGGGUAAAGAAUCAGAGACUUUGCCAACUGCCAAAGAUGACUACACUUUAGUUGAAGAAGAAGAAAGAGAAACAGGAGUUGUGAAAGGGGCAGUGUACAAGGCUUACUGGAGGGCUGUUGGCGCCUGUCUUUCUUCAUCAGUGCUGCUCUCUUUGUUUCUAAUGCAAGCUUCUAGAAACAUUGGCGAUUGGUGGCUGUCCUACUGGGUCACUAACAGUGCAGAGAAAGAAAUACCUGCAAGUGCCGAUAAUGCUACUCAUUGGACUCUGCAAGAGAUAGCUGAAUUUAACACAAAGCCUUGGACAAGCUUAAACACAUCUAGUGACAACGUUGUGUUUUACCUGAGCAUCUAUGCUGGCCUGACUGGCUUCAAUAUCCUGUCCACUUUACUGAGAUCCUUUCUGUUUGCCUAUGGAGGGCUGUGUGCUGCUGCUGUCAUGCAUAAUGACUUAUUGGGUGCCAUUCUUAAAGCUCCAAUGAGUUUCUUCAAUUCCACACCGAUCGGUAGAAUAGUCAACAGGUUCUCUUCUGACCUUUACUCUGUGGAUGAUUCUCUCCCUUUCACACUCAACAUAUUCCUGGCACAAGCUUUUGGAAUCCUGGGAACAUUGGUGCUCACAUGUUAUGGUCUCCCUUGGUUUGCAAUUUGCUUGAUUCCAAUCUCUGCUUUAUACUAUAAAAUACAGUUGUACUAUCGCCACACUUCAAGAGAACUAAAGAGAUUAUCAAGUGUAACACUUUCCCCAAUAUAUGCUCAUUUCUCUGAGACCAUAACAGGACUGUCAACUAUCAGGGCAAUGAGGCAUUCUCAAAGAUUCUGUGAGGAGAAUAAACAAAGGCUGGACACCAAUCAAAGGGCUCAGUAUGCAUCUCAACUUUCUUCCUGUUGGUUAAACUUCAGACUGAGAAUGCUGGGGGUUGCUAUGGUAACCUGCUUGUCACUAAUAGCAGUGCUGCAGCACCAGCUUACUUCAGUAAACGCAGGUCUAGUGGGACUUGCUUUAUCUUAUUCGCUGUCAGUGACAAACUUACUGGGUCAAGUAGUCCUGUUCUUUACAGCAACAGAAAAAGAAUUUGUCAGUGUUGAGAGAUGUCAGCAUUAUAUCAAAGAAACACCUUCAGAAAAUUGGUCUGGAAGUAUAUUUCCUCCAACACUGUGGCCAUCACUGGGUAUUAUAGUAUUUGAUAAUGUCUGGCUGAAGUACAAGGAUACUCUCAAUCCUGUUCUUAAAGGUGUGAGCUUUAGGACUGAGCCAGGAGAGAAAAUAGGCAUUGUGGGAAGGACAGGAGCAGGGAAAUCCAGUCUGUUUCUUGCACUGUUUAGGCUGGUGGAAAUAUGUGAAGGCAGCAUUACAGUGGAUGGAGUCAAUGUAAAAUAUUUGGAUCUCAAUGACAUCAGGUCCAAAAUGGCAAUCAUUCCCCAAGAUCCAUUUUUAUUUAGUGGAACAAUUCGUAAAAAUCUGGAUCCUGUGAAUUCCCAUUCUGACCCAGAUCUAUGGGCUGCUAUAGACAGGUGUCACUUGCAUGAGUGCAUAGAGAGAAUGGGAGGACUAGAAACCAACAUUACACAAAAUGGGAGGGAAUUCUCAGUUGGCCAAAGACAGUUGUUAUGUUUAGCCAGAGCUAUACUGACCCAAGCUAAGGUUCUUUGUAUUGAUGAAGCCACUGCCAAUGUAGACAUGGAGACAGACACUCUAAUACAAAACACAAUCAGAUAUGAGUUCAAAGACAGCACAGUGCUGACCAUAGCUCACCGGAUCCACACUGUGCUAGACAGCCACAGAGUGUUGGUUCUAAAAGAUGGGAACGUGCUAGAGUUCAGUCCCCCUGGUAUUCUUUUACAGGACAACCAAUCUUUAUUUUACAGUCUGGUUUAUGGCAGCAACUGAUGAAACUUUAUUUUCCAACAUUGUCUUUAAGAUUUUGCAUGUUCUCUCUUUAUUUAUUAUGAAUUGAAAAGGGUUACCAGAUGCCAUGCGCUCCCAAAGACAGGCAUUGGACUAAAGUGUAGAAACCUCUGGCUUUUGCUCAGUUGUUUUUUGUAAUUAAUUCAUCAAUUCAAUUCAAUCUUUAAUUUUUGUGUUUUGUUUACACAAACUUGCUCAUUAAUCAUGACAGAAAGUUUUGAGAACCUCUUGUAUGAGCAGCUAUUCUUAUAAUUAGAACUUUUCUUUUGCAUUCCUUGGGAAUAAUAAGAACUUUGAAAAGGAGAUGUCACUGACCUACACAAGGGGACAUAAGAGAGAAAUAAAUUCUCUAUGAUCUCAAUGACUUAAAUAGAAAUACAUAAAUAGAAAGAUUUUUUUUUCUCAAUAAAUAUCUGUAGUGUUUAAGAUACAAGAAUACAUUAAUAAGCAAAAACAAUAGUGUAGGAUUAACAAUAGGUCACUGUGACAAAAGUAUUAUUACCAAUAUUUG